ACACCAUGGUCCGCACAGGCGGCCCCCGCCGCUGCCGCCGCCACCGCACAUCCCUCACGCCGCGGGGCGGGGCCGCGCCGGACACUCCCACCCAGCCCCGAUGCCGUGCCGUGCCGCUCCGCCCCCGGAGCCCAGCCCCUGAGCUCCGGUUGGACGGCAGGGGAGGCCGCGCUGUGGGUUCCACGAGCCGGGGGGCGUUGGAGGCACCGGGGCUGACGGCGCCGGGAGUUGUGCCCCGAGGACCCCCCGCCGUAUGGUGCUGCUGGGCUCCCGUUGCCCACAUGGCCGCGGACCCCCGGGUGCUGGCUCUGGCCGCGCGGGUCGCUGAGAGCAGCGAGCGGGACGUGCCGGGGCUGCUGCUGCAGUUAAAGGAAAUUCUAAGUAGUGCUUCCUUGGAGCAUCAGGAGUCCAAGAAAAUUAAGCAAGACAUAUACUUCUAUGAUCUGAUUCACUACUGCAUGCUGGUCCUUAGACAAGAUUACUCUCGGCUGCAUGGAGGCUGGGCUACUGCUGCCCAGCUUGCAGAGAUAAUAAGUCAUUGUUGCGUGGGACUGGAGGUGAAAGAAAAUCCUGAGGAAUUUUACAAGAAAAUUCUUCCUUCAGCUAUAGACAACCUGCUGUUCUUGGGAAGGCGCCUGCAAGCGCGAUUUGUCCGAGCGGUCAAGGAUGAAGAAAAACAAGAUUUUUUACGCCAUUUCCAAACAGUAACUGAUGCCAUCUGCUGGCUGUUUUGUGGACAUAUUCAACUGACAGAUCGUGUGCUGCAAAAUGAUCACUUCCUGCGGUUGCUAAUAUCAGACAGUGUUGAAAUAGCAGUUACAAUGAUGUCUGUUUUACACAGUAUUCUGGAGGUUAAUAGUUCUGCCUUGCUUCAGGUUAAUGAAGAGAUCCUGCACUCUGUAUUGGAUGAACUUGUUUAUAAGCUUUCAUCUUCCAACAAUCCUGUUAUAGGAAACACUGCUACAAAACUGCUGUUGCUGAUGGCAAAAUUUUGCAAGCAGCUCCUGAAGUUACUGGCAACUCGCUACAAAGGAUUAAACGUGCUUUUAAGUAAACAGUGGACUGGCAAAGGAUUUGACAGGGAUCUCAGUCAACUUCUGGACUUGCUAUACUUGGAACAAUCCAAUGAAGACGGGGAAAUGCAGAGACAGCACCAGGCAGCUUGUGUAAUUCAGGCAAUGUGGAAGGGAUUUCAGACAAGAAAAAGACUGAAAAAACUUCCUCAAGCAGUGGCAGCUUUGCAGAGGAGCUUCAGAGCUAAACGAGAACAGGAGAUUCAGCUUCUGAAAAAACAGAAGGAAGAUGAGGCCUUAAAGCUGCAAAUGCAUCAUCAGAGACAGAGGGCCAUCAGACUCUUCCAUGAAAGACAGCUGUCCUUACUGGAAAUAAUCCAUCCCAGUCAGUUAAAUAAGCACAUGCAGGAAAUGGAGGUGAAAUCAGCAUUAACUAUCCAGAGAUUUUGGCGAGGUUAUGGAGCAAGGAAGGAUUUUCAUCGACAGAAACAAUCUCUUAAGGAGUAUAAAGCAGCUGUCGUCAUUCAGAGAGCAGCUUGUAAGUUCUUGGAAAAACGAAGAAGAAAGAGAACUGUUUCUUCCUGGAAAGAUCCCAAAGGGCUGACUGAGGAACAGAGAGUAGCUUUACAGCAGAAGGUGGAUGACUACAUCAAAUUGCAUCCGGCUUCCCAAAUGUCAGAAGAAAUGAGUAAAGAAUUACAUAUGCAGGCCCAGGAAAAGCUGGCACAGUUCCUGCUGAGAAGCAGGCUGGAUCAGAGAGCAGCACAGCGGAGAGAGUCAUUACUGGCUCAGGUCAACACUGAUGUGGAGCUGCUAAUGAAUGCCCCUCAGUUAGCAGAGACCACAGAAAAAGACCUCGCUGUUUUCAUGAGUCGAUCAGUCCCUGUAGCUACCAAGGCCAAAGAGUCCCACAGUGCUAUGCUGAAAUACGUUCGCUUGCCAUGGUGGAAGAAGCUUGGAGAUGAGUUUGAGGAGGAUGAUGUCAUUCCUGAUGACACCCUGAAUGCAGAACUUGGAAGUCUGUUUAUUGGUGGAAGGAAAUCCUUAUAGCUAUUGGUGGAAGCUAAUCCAUUUGCAGGCAGAAGGAUCUGUUACUUGUUUAGCCGGGCUCAUACCUUGCACUAUGCAUUACUUUUAUGUGUUUUUAAGGAAACCAAAUACUUGAAUUCUAAGACAAAGCACUGAAAAAGAACAAGGUUUUAUUUUACUUACCGUAUUAAGAAUCUUUCUGUACAUCAGCAGUAAAAUACUGACUGUGCUAUUACCAAAAGGAUUAAAUGCUGUCCUUGCUAAUAAGGAUAUUUUAUAAUUGUUACAAAAAGGAUUUAAAUACUGUAUUUGCAAAUACAGAUAUUUUGUAACUUAUGUAA